AUGACGAUUGCUUCGAGUUUCCCAAAAAAAUGUAUUUCAGUAAUCAAUGGAGCUCCAACUUGGGCUGUUUUCGUCCUCUUGGACAUUCUCGACGUUUUUCUCUGCAUCGUUUUCAGAUUCCUCGACCAAAUUAUGGAAGAAGAAUCAGUGUCAUGUCCUUGUAUAAACCCUCAAGAUUUCGCCGGAUACGAGUUUCUUUCAGACCAUCAACACUUGUCCGAGACUCUUUACCGGAGGAGAAACAUUUUUCGACAAGCCGGUUUCUUCCGGUUUGCGAGACAACUCCCUGAGAUCACAAAGAAAAUCGGCAUCUGUACUUUCCUGAGAAAUUUCCUUUUCCCGACCCGUAAGGUUGCGAACCGGUGGUCUGAUUGUGGUUGCAAGAAAUGUGUUUCUUGGACCAACAACACUGAUAAACUUAACGUAAUUGUCAAGCAACCUUCAAUAUCUCAAGAUGUAUUGAUGAGCAAUAAACCGGUACAGAAUGUUAUUUUCAUACACGGCUUGUUAUCAUCUUCAUCGUUUUGGACCAACACAUUGUUCAAAUAUCUACCCGAGACCACGGAGAAAACUAACUAUAGAUACUUCGCGGUAGAUCUUCUAGGGUUUGGAGACAGUCCAAAACCUAGGCACUGUCGAUAUUCUUUGAAAGAACAUGUCGAAAUGAUCGAGAAAUCGGUUAUUUUACCGAACAAUUUGACCUCAUUUCAUGUUGUAGCACACUCCAUGGGAUGCAUCAUCGCAGUAGCCUUAGCCGCCAAACUCUCCGGUAGCGUUAAGUCCGUUGCUUUAGUAGCUCCACCAUACUUUGCUGAUACAAAAGGAGGAGGAGCAAGUUGUGAUGCUCUUAAUGUGAUCGCAGAGAAGAAACUUUGGCCGCUGACUUCGUUUUUCUCAGCGAUGUCAUGGUACGAACACAUAUGCCGUGGCAUUUGCUUGGUUAUUUGUAGGCACCACCGUACAUGGGAGAGGAUCAUCAAAAUUGUAACAUGGAGAAGGAAACUACCGACGGCUAUAACCGAAUUGACUAAGCACACACAUCAGUCUGUGUGGCACAGCAUGCACAAUGUGAUAUGUGGAGGAGCGAAGUUUACGGACAAACACAUUGGAAUGUUGAUCAAUUCGGGUGUUAAAAUUAAUGUAAUUCAUGGGGAUAAAGAUGAUGUUGUCCCUAUUGAUUGUGUAUGGAACAUGAAAGCCAAGUUCCCGGCGGUUGAAGUGGAGGUUAUCGCCGGAACUGAUCAUAGUUCGGUCAUAAUGAGUAGAAGAGAGGUCUUUGUUGCAAACCUUGUAUGUUUGUGGGCUUCUUAG